CUGCGGUGUCGGAUGCCAGAGGCAACCCCUCUGGCAUCCGACACCGCAGACGACCAAGUUCCGCAGACGACCGAAGAGCCAUCGGAUCAAGAGACCGAAGAACCAACCGCUGACUCUGAACCAGAAGAGUCAACCCAGCAGGAGAGCAGAAACCUUGUAGCACCGACGAAGACUGAGAAUAGCGAUGCACAAACGACUGAUGACGACGGUAAUUAUUACUAUGCUCCCAGUGCGACUGAGGGGGGUGAAGCCGAGCAGACGGGCGAUAGUGAACAGACCGCUGAUGGAACAACCCGCAAAGCUGCAGCUACAGGUAGUGGAGGCAAAGAGGAGAAGACUACCCUCGCUACUUCCAAGGGCGCUGCGCCAACGUCGCCUGCUCAGGAUUACGCGAUUGAUUUAGAAGAAGCUGAUCUGGGCGACUAUGCCCAGUUCCAAGGCGCAGGCGACAAAACUGUCGUCAUUCUCAAACCCCCUCCCAACGCCGAAGCAAAGUGCGAUCUCCCGCCCACAAGCGACGAAGACGUCCCCGAGGGUGAAGACGUACGCGUCGUGCUCUCCGUGAAGAUCGCAGACCUCAAGAAAGGCGUCAAGUCCGGCAAUCGCCUACAAAUGCUCAUUGACGGCUCGACCAUCUAUGAUAAAGAGCUUUUGGGGACUGGGGAUGAAGAGGAGAGUAUUUCGAGUGACAAGUUCAAGGCUGCGCUGGAUCAGAAGGUUAAUGUUAUUCAUAAGGCGGGGGAUAAACCUGUGCAGGUUACGAUUCAGGAUGCGAAUAUUAGGAGUGCUAUUAGCGGGGGGAGUCGAGGGGGGAGCGGUGGUGGCUCUGGUGGUGGUAGUGGAGGUUCUGGGGAUGAUGGUGAUGACUCUGGUGAUAGCGGCUCUGGUGGUGGUGGCAGCGGAGGCGGUAGUGGCGGUAGUGGCGGUAGUGGCGGUAGUGGCGGUAGUGGCGGUAGUGGCGGUAGUGGCGGUGGAAGCGGAAGUGGCUCAGGCGACGGCGACAGCUCAGGCGGAGGUGCUUCUGAGAGCGCCUCGGGCACCGGCGACGAGGGUUCAACACCAUCAAGUGUCUCCGGCAGCGACGGUCAAACCAACAACGUUGGCAAGAGCUUCAAGGUGGGCGAGGUCCUCAUGUACGCCCUCCCUCUUGCCCUCGCUCUCGUGGGAUGA